UUUCGGGAGCCCCCUGCGCGACCUCCGACUAGUCACUCCUCUGGCCUCAGGGUCCACCUGUGAGAGGGGAGGGGCGCGGGUCCCGCCCUCCCCGACAGUCCUCGCUCCGGCCGGUUUGGAAGGAGCCUGAGCGACGGGAGGCUCCCGCCUGCCUCCCUGGGCGUGAAGCAGCUGCCUGUGACCCACUGAGCCAUCUGCCCCCCGCGACUCUCUCAGGGCGUCAGGGCCCCAGGACAGAAAACUUUGACCUCCAAGGCCGUCUUAAAUCUAGUAGAUAAGCCAGAUUCUGUGUUGCCAUAGGUGACCCACAUUUAAGAGGGAAUGCAGCUAGCCUGGAUGUCUGGAACUUUUUAGACACCUGUCUUGGAAUUCUUGCUUGCUGGCCUAAAGACUUGCUGUGGUGGUGUAAGAGCUGGUCACCAGGACAGGAUAGCCACACAGCAAAAUGUUUGCAAAACUAAAGAAGAAAGUUGCAGAAGAGUCUGCUGUUUCCCAGAGGCCAGGAGGUGCUACUAGGAUCCCACGGUCGGUGAGCAAGGAGUCUGUUGCCUCUAUGGGAGCUGACUCAGGAGAUGACUUUGCUUCCGAUGGAAGCAGUUCCAGAGAAGAUCUUUCGUCUCAGCUUUUGAGAAGGAAUGAACAGAUACGGAAAUUAGAGGCCAGACUUUCUGACUAUGCUGAACAGGUCCGAAACUUGCAGAAGAUAAAAGAGAAGCUUGAAAUUGCAUUAGAAAAACACCAGGAUUCUUCCAUGCGGAAAUUUCAAGAGCAGAAUGAGACAUUCCAAGCCAACAGAGCCAAAAUGGCAGAAGAACAGGCUUUGGCAUUAGCCAGAAAGGACCAGGAAUGGUCGCAGAAAGUGGAGCAGCUUGAAAAGGAGAAAAGGUUUCUGACAGCUCAGUUACAGGAAAUGAAGAACCAGAGUUUGAAUCUUUUCCAAAGGAGAGAUGAAAUGGAUGAAUUAGAGGGGUUCCAGCAGCAGGAACUAAGUAAAGUAAAACACAUGCUUUUAAAAAAAGAAGAAAGUCUGGGGAAAAUGGAGCAAGAGUUGGAGGCACGAACCAGAGAACUUAGUCGAACCCAGGAGGAGUUGAUGACCUCCAAUCAGAUGUCGUCAGACUUGAGACAGAAGCUAGAAGAAUUGCAGAGACACUGCUCAACGCUGGAAGAGCAGAGAGAUCUUGUGACAGCUUCAACAACAGGUGCAGAAAAUAAGAUCACAGCCCUGGAGCAAAAGGAACAAGAGCUCCAAGCAUUCAUUCAGCAGCUUUCCAUUGAUUUGCAAAAGGUCACUGCUGAAACUCAAGAGAAAGAAAAACUCAUCACACAUUUGCAGGAGAAAGUCACGUCCUUAGAGAAGAGACUGGAGCAAAAUUUAUCAGGAGAAGAACAUGUGCAGGAACUCCUGAAAGAGAAAACAGUUGCUGAGCAGAAUUUGGAGGAUACCAGACAGCAGCUCUUGGCAGCCAGAAGCAGCCAGGCCAAGGCCAUUGACAUCCUGGAGACUCGGGUGAAAGAACUAGAGCAGAGCCUGCAGGCCUCUGAGGAGAAGCUGAAACAGAGCAGAGACGCCGUGGCUGCUCAGGAAUCUCAGAUUCAGGAGCUUGCCACCGCAAACCAGGAGAGCAGCCGUGCACAGCGGCAGGUGCUGGCUCUGCAGCAGCAGUGCACGGAGCACGUCCACGCUCUGGAGGCCCAGCUUGCUGCCCUCGAGACGGCUCGGGCAGCUGACCAGUCGGCUGCAGAGCGUCAGGUGAGGGAUCUGGAACAAGAAAAUGCACUCCUUAAAGAAAGCAAGAAUGAGUGUGAACGUUCUUUACAACAUCACCAACUUGAACUGAAGAAGCUAAAGGAAGAAUGGAGCCAAAGAGAAAUUGUGAGUGUGGCAAUGGCUCAAGCCCUGGAGGAGGUGCGGAAGCAGAGGGAAGAGUUUCAGCAACAGGCUGCUAACCUGACAUCCAUAGUAGAUGAGAAGGAGCAGAGUCUGCAGGAAAGCACGGCUGCGAUUCUCCAGAAAGAGCAGGAGAUUCUCCAGCUGAAAAAAGGUCAUGACGCUGCCCUGCUGCAGGCACACCAGCUGCGCAGUGAGCUGCAGGCCCUGAGAAACCUAAGGGCAGAGGAACCCGAAGCAGCUGCUGGGCGGGAGGACCUGCUGAGGCUGCCAGGCCAGGAACAGGGGUUGGCACUCUCAGUCAGCGAGCUCCAGGUAACCUCAAGGUCGAGGGCUGUGCGUGAGCCUGCAUACCAGCUUCCGCCUGCAGAGGGGAUACCAAAUGGUGAGGUGGGGGCCAUGGACCUAGAGCAGCUACAGAAGGAAAAACAGGACUUGGAGCAGCAACUUCUAGAGAGAAAUAAGGCCAUAAAGCAGAUGCAGCAGAGGAUGCUGGAACUCAAAAAGACGCUGCAGAAGGAACUGAAAAUCAGACCCGAUAAUGAGCUUUUCGAAGUCCGGGAGAAGCCUGGCCCUGAGAUGCCAAACAUGGCCCCUUCUGUCACAAAUAACGCUGACCUGCCUGAUGCCCGCGAAAUCAACUUCGAGUACCUUAAACACGUGGUUUUAAAAUUCAUGUCCUGUCGGGAAUCCGAGGCCUUUCAUCUCAUAAAAGCUGUGUCAGUAUUGCUGAACUUUUCACAAGAGGAAGAGAACAUGCUCAAAGAAACCCUGGAGUAUAAGAUGUCAUGGUUUGGGUCCAAGCCAGCUCCCAAAGGCAGCAUCCGGCCAUCCAUCUCCAACCCUCGGAUACCAUGGUCCUAGAUGGAACUACCCAAGGAUGGAGCUCCGUGGGCUGACACUCUUUCUGUGAAAAGAACACUGACACACCAGCCUGGGUGGGUUUUUCAUCACUGUAACUGCAGUAUUUUGUACAAGCGUCUACACAUUGUUUACAAGACCUAAGGGCCACUUCCCUGCAGGCUGAUUAGGACCUCAGGAGGCAGCGGAUCCCGUCAUUCAGUCACAAAUGGGAGGGUCCUGGCACUACCCACAUUUCUAGUGCUGCUAAAAUCCCAGCUCUGGCUAGCACGCCUGCACCUGAAUUUCUAACUUUUGUUAGUACUUAAAGCUGAAGCUGUCAGCAUCUGGCAGAGAGGAGGCAACUAAUCCAUCCUGUAGUGACGAUGCUGGACAAAAAGCCCUUUGAAAUGGUGCCCAUAGGCCAGACUCACCUGCUUCUGCCACCAGCGAACUCAGUGGGGGUGGCUUUUAAAAAUUCCCCUUCCUUGGUAGCAUGAUUGGGUUCAGAUGAGUUAGAAGAGGCUUUUUAACCUUUCAUGAAAAUAUUUUACCUUGUUUCUCAAACUACCUGGAAAUUCAGAUGUGUACAUCUUAAGAUACUCGAAAGCCAGUGUGGAGCAAUGACUAUGCAACUGACAGUAUCUCAUUUUAUUGAAGAAAACAAGCAAAUGUGUAAGAAGAUCCAAAUACACUCAAUUGCCUUCUUAAUAAAUGUACUUGUCUUGGAUAGGUUGCCGGUAAACCAUUUAAAACUAUUUUUUAUAGCUAAAAUGUCUUCUGUAUUAUAAAAUCCAGUUAGUGGUGUUCCCAAAGGAAAA